AUGUCUCUAUUAAGUUUCUUGGAACAUACUUCAAUAUGGUCGGCUUUAUUAACAUUGUGUUUAUUAAGCUACACGAGAACUUUUCACGUUGUGUUUACCAUCGCGGGCGGAGCAUUUACAAAAGCAACUGCCAGCACGUUGAAACUAAUAAUUAGGCAACCUCGUCCAUAUCACAUGACAAUUAGGUCUCCGUCCAUGACCACAAAACUAAGAAAGUCCUAUGGAAUGCCAUCUUCACAUUCUGCCAUAUCCAUUUACUUUGCGACAUUCGUAUCACUACGAUUGUUUGAUUCGGGUUUACUUCCUUUAUACAAAUUACUUUCAUCCCUAUUGGUUUAUAUAAUAGCUUUAUUGAUUUUGUGGUCUAGGGUUGAAUUGGGUCAUCAUACAACCGCUCAAGUAUUAAUGGGUAUGUUUUUAGGCAUAAUUCUGGCCAUGUAUUGGAAUGACUUGUGGGUAAAUUAUUGGACACCUUUGUUGUAUGAAUUGAAAUUGGAUGGUCAAUUAGGUCUUGAUGAAUUGGAAGUUAUGUGGAAUUUGGUAGAUGAAUUUAUUAACAAGAGAAUUGGUUUGACAUCUUAA